AUGCAACUGAACGUGAAAAGCGGCGCCUUCCGUGCUCUGGCAGCCGCAUGUAUCAUAGCUACGACACUGUGGUUGCUGGUCCAAGGCUCUGGCUUCGGAUCCGGCUCUUAUGGGUUGAACAUGAAGAAGUCCACGACGAAAGAUCCUGAGAGUGGUUACGUGUAUCGUAAAGUGUCGCGUCAGAAAUACACUGGUCCCAAGGAAAAGGCGACAUUCGUGACGCUUGCGCGUGACGAAGAUUUGUACUCGCUAUUGGGUUCGAUUGCGAGUAUCGAAGACCGCUUCAACAGCAAGUUCCAGUACGACUGGGUUUUCUUGAACGACAAAGAGUUCAGCGACGAGUUCAAGCGUAUCACAGGGGCCAUGAUUAGUGGUACCGCUAAGUAUGGUCUUGUUCCACCUGAGCACUGGUCUUUCCCCGACUGGAUCGACCAAGACAAGGCCAAGGCAGUCAGAGAGCAAAUGCGUGAAGACCAGAUCAUCUACGGUGACUCCAUCUCUUACAGACAUAUGUGUCGUUUCGAGUCUGGGUUCUUCUACAAGCACGAGCUUUUGAACGAUUACGACUGGUACUGGCGUGUGGAGCCCGACACUAGAAUCUACUGUGACGUGGACUACGAUCUAUUCAAAUUCAUGAAGGACAACGGCAAAAAGUACGGUUUCACCAUUUCGCUACGUGAAUAUGAAGCCACCAUUAAGACGCUUUGGGACACAACUAAGGAUUUCAUAGGCAAGAACAAGGAACUCUUGCAUCCUAACAACAUGAUGGAUUUCAUUUCCGACGACAGUGGCUCUUCAUACAACCUCUGCCAUUUCUGGUCAAAUUUUGAAAUCGGCUGGUUAGACUUGUGGCGUGGAGAUGCUUACACGGCGUAUUUUGAUCAUCUUGACCAAGCUGGUGGAUUUUUCUACGAGCGUUGGGGUGACGCUCCUGUUCACACUAUUGGUGCUGCUUUGUUUUUGGACCGUUCGGAAAUCCACCAUUUCGGUGACAUUGGGUACUACCACGUUCCAUUCCAUUCCUGUCCUAUCGAGGAGUCAAUCAGGACAAAAAAUCGUUGUAACUGUAAUCCAGACGAGGAUUUUACCUGGAGAGGUUACUCUUGCACGUCCAAGUUCUACACGGUUAGUAACACUGAAAAGCCAAAGGGCUGGCAGAAAUAUGCUGAUUAA